AGAUAAUGAAAAUUAUUUAGUUAAAAAUGACUUGUCGUAAAAAAACUAAAGAUUCUAAGCCCUUAUGGAAAGUUUUAUUGAAAUGGUUUCUAACAAUAACCCUAACAACAACAGUAAUAAGUUCCAUCCUUAUAUGGGUUGUACUUCCUGUGGCUUUUUGGCUAUCGGUGGCUUUUCAAACAUUUGCAGUUUUUAUGCCCAUUGACUUUCCCAAAAAUCCAAACUUCAACAACCCUCAGCAAUACAAUAUUACAGGAGUUAAAAACUUCUAUAUUACUGUAAAAGAUUAUUACAAUAAUGAGACGUUGACUCAAAUAGGAGCCUGGCUUGUAUUACCAAAAGGCCUCAAUAAAAGUGAAGAUGUUUCAGAUAUCAUACGAAAAAGUGAAUACGAUAUUCUUAUUUAUUCGCAUGGGGUUUUGGCAAAUAGGGCUCGAUAUAUUUUACAAUAUGAAGUGUUUAGGAGGUAUUUUUUGGUUCUUGCAAUGGAUCAUAGAGGGUAUGGUGAUUCUGGUCAAAACGUCCCAAUGACUGAACUAGGAAUUGUCAACGACCACUUGCAAAUCUACGAUUGGUUAACUCAAAAAAACUUUAGCAGAAACAUUUAUUACUGGGGUCAUUCGAUGGGGGCAGCAAUUACCUGUCACACAUUAAAAACCUUAAAAUCCCAACGCAAUUUUACACCCAAAGGGGUCAUAUUUGAGUCGGCCUUUACAAGUUUACAAGAGCAAAUAGUCAAUAUGUUUUUGGGUAAGGUUUUCAAAUGGUUGCCUUAUUUCGACGCUACAAUUUUAAGGCCUUUGGCUGCCAAUGAGCUUAGGUUUGAUUCAAUAAACAAUAUUUUACAUGUGGAUUGUCCUAUAAUGAUGCUGCAUGCUCAAGAUGAUGGUGUCAUACCGUAUUUUCUUGGAGAAAAACUGGCAAGGGUAGCUAGAAGUCAAAGGGAUUUGGCCAAACAAGGCAACGUUACGUUUCAUUUAAUUCCUUCAUCAGGCAAUUGCAAUCACGAUAAGAUUUUAACUUAUCCGGAUGUUCCAAGUUAUAUUGAAAAUUUCAAAGAAGUUUGUGAAUUGUUCAAAGAGUCUACAUAACGCUUGCACCCCCUUUUUGUAGAUUAUUAUAAGACUGAGACUUCUUCGUAGUUCUAGUAGAAAUAGAUGGCUUGUUCUGCAUUAUUUGAGGUCCAAAGAACGCUGUCACUUGUCAUUCCUUCACUUGCCAACACACGUUGAGAGACAGAAUUGUAUACAUUAUAGUCGUUCCUUGAGGUCUCCUUUGACCAAGGUUGUUUGAAAGAGGUAUAGGUUGCCUGAUAACUUUUAUGACGUUAUUUAAGGUGCAAAUCUCUAUGAGACAUCUCAGAUAAAGUAAUCUGUUUCCUAUUACCACACAACCUAUUAACGUUUAUAAUUGACUUAAUAGAUUUGUCAAAUAGUAACAAGUGUCCAUUCCAGGGACGCUCCAAAGAAUGUCUAGUCAUUUUACCCAUAAACCACGCAUUUCAUUCAUGAACUGAUAUUUACUGUGAUGACAGAACCCCCCCCCAUUGGCCAGGACAGGUAAACUGUUCACUUGAACAAAAUAAUGAACAAGUGCGCACGGGUGCAACUCGUUUAUCUACCUAUCUGCCUCUAACUCAUAUGAUGUAGGCCGAAUGACCACCAAGAAUUUAUGGUGAGUGAGUCAGGUUCACCCAUAAAUUAUUGGUGAUCAGCCAUCUAUUCAUCAAUAUAUUGUUUAAUUACGAUCAGAAUUUGUAAGAUUAUCCACUUUUUGUCAAUUUGCCUUUCAACAGGAAUAAGUAAUGUUACUUUACAAAACUAGUUAUAUAUUGUGACAAGUUAUUCAAGUACAAAUGAGUGAAUUGUUGCGGAACCUAUGGGUGGACCUCUGCGGGACGAGCGCAGCGAGUUCCGCAGCCAUCUACUCACCAAUAUACUAUUGAACUUUUCAAAUAAAA